UGAGCACAUUGUUUCUGCGCGGUACAGUCUGUUUGAGAAUAUAAUGAAUGAAGUUUUACUCAAAUAAGAAAUUUAGCGUAAACGUUACGUAGUCGUUCUCUCGGAGGGAAGCUGACUGACCCCGACUUCACGGUGUUUACAGUAUAAUAUAAGAACGCCGCCUUACUGAAGUUCACAGACUGGGACAGAGAUGGCUGGAAUUUUGUUUGAGGAUAUCUUUGAUGUAAAAGAUAUCGAUCCAGAUGGCAAAAAGUUUGACAGAGUGUCGCGCCUUCACUGUGAAAGUGAGUCUUUCAAGAUGGACCUCAUCUUGGAUGUGAACAUCCAGAUCUAUCCUGUUGAUCUCGGUGACAAGUUCAGGCUGGUCAUUGCCAGCACCUUAUAUGAAGAUGGAACACCAGAUGAUGGAGAGUACAAUCCUCAGGAUGAUCGGCCGUCCAGAGCAGACCAAUUUGAUUAUGUGAUGUACGGAAAAGUUUACAAAAUUGAGGGUGAUGAGACUUCAACAGAGGCUGCCACACGACUCUCUGCCUAUGUGUCUUACGGAGGCCUCCUCAUGAGGCUGCAGGGAGACGCCAACAACCUUCACGGCUUUGAGGUGGACUCCAGGGUCUACCUCCUCAUGAAGAAGCUGGCCUUCUGAAACCAACCCUGCACACUCACCCACCCGGUUUCUAUUACUGCCACAGACUUAAAGUCGUACUGAGCAGGGUGCUAAAAAAAAACAUUGAACUU